UUCUCUGCCCGGCGCAGGAGCUGGCGCUCGCCGCCGCUUCGCCCUCUGGGAAGUGGAGUCGGGGAAACCGCGGGGUUGGCCCCUCCGACUCGCGGGUAUUCGGCUCCCCGGCUCCCCGGGCAACGCGCAAGCGCAGUUCCGACCCGGGCUGCAGACUCCAGCUCAUUGUGUUUCGCCUGCGAUGUGGCGGUUGCGGUUCCUCGCUACAGGCAGAGGUUCCUCGAAGGGCAAUCCGGUGGUGACCAGGUGUGUAGAGGUUUCUAGCCCAAGUCCUGCUCUGCUAGACCUGGAAAGGGCUUAUCAGAAAAGAAAUGGCUGUCCAGCACCUGCCAACCAUGGUCCAGGAAUCCGUGACCUUCAAGGACGUUGUGGUGCUCUUCACCCGGGACGAGUGGGCACAGCUGAACCCUAUUCAGCGGGCCCUUUACAGAGAUGUGAUGCUGGAGAACUACAGCAACCUAGUCUCCCUGGGACUCUUAGGACCCCAACCAGAUGCAUUUUCCCAGCUGGGAAAAGAAGAAGAAUGGAUGCUGGAGGACACAUCAGGAGGCUUCUGUGUUGACUGGAUGACAACACCUGUGAGUAAGAAAUCUACUCCCAAGGUGGAUAUUCCUGACCAAGACGAUAGUCACUGGAAAUGUGAUGGCCUAUUGAAAUGGCAGUAUGGAGGCCAGGUGGCACUUGCUCACCAGAAAACCCCCUCUGUCUUCAGCGCCCAGGCAGGAGAUGAACCUGGGAAGCACUACACUGUGGGCUCAUCUUUUGUUCAGAGUCAGAGAUUUCAAUAUAGCAAAAAAGCCUUCGAGUGUAGUGAGUGUGGAAAAGUCUUCACUAAGAGUUCAACCCUUAAUAAACAUCAGAAAGUCCAUACUGAAAAACUUAAUGCAAAUCGGAAAACUGUUAUUAAAGAGAAACGAUAUGAAUGUAGAGAGUGUGGGAAAGCCUUUCAUCAGAGUACACACCUCAUCCAUCACCAAAGAAUUCACACUGGCGAGAAACCGUAUGAAUGUAAGGAAUGUGGCAAGGCCUUCUCCGUGAGUUCCUCACUUACUUACCACCAGAAAAUUCACACCGGAGAGAAACCUUUUGAAUGCAACUUAUGUGGAAAAGCUUUUAUCCGAAACAUACACCUUGCCCACCAUCAUAGAAUACACACUGGAGAGAAGCCUUUUAAAUGUAACAUAUGUGACAAAGCCUUUGUGUGCAGGGCACAUCUUACCAAACACCAGAAUAUUCAUAGUGGAGAGAAGCCCUAUAAAUGUAAUGAAUGUGGGAAAGCCUUUAAUCAGAGCACAAGUUUUCUUCAGCAUCAAAGAAUUCACACUGGAGAGAAGCCCUUUGAAUGUAACGAAUGUGGGAAGGCCUUCAGGGUGAACUCUUCUCUUACUGAACAUCAGAGAAUUCAUACUGGAGAGAAACCUUAUAAGUGUAGUGAAUGUGGGAAAGCUUUCAGGGAUAAUUCAUCCUUUGCUCGACAUCGGAAAAUUCACACUGGAGAGAAACCGUACAGAUGUGGUUUGUGUGAGAAAGCCUUUAGGGACCAAUCAGCCCUAGCCCAACAUCAGAGAAUUCAUACUGGGGAGAAACCUUAUACAUGUAAUAUAUGUGAGAAAGCCUUCAGUGACCAUUCAGCCCUCACUCAACAUAAGAGAAUCCACACUAGAGAAAAACCUUAUAAAUGUAAAAUCUGUGGCAAAGCCUUUAUUCGAAGCACACACCUUACCCAACAUCAGAGGAUUCACACAGGAGAGAAGCCCUAUAAAUGUAAUAAAUGUGGGAAAGCUUUCAACCAGACUGCAAACCUCAUUCAGCAUCAGAGACAUCACAUUGGAGAAAAGUGAUAGGAUUAUAGUUUAUAUGGCAGAGCUUUGAGACUAAGUAUGUUCAUUAUUGAAUGUAAGAGUGUUCGUUCCAGAAAAUAGCCAUGAAAGCUUACCUGAAGAUGGUCUUUUUAUUUACUGAAAAUCAACCUUCAUGGUAUUAUGGGUUUGAGAAUUUAAGAAUGGCAUGCAUUCCUCCUAGUUCAGAACUGCCUCAAUUUAAUAGCAGUAAUAUUUAUUUAGCCUAAAUUAUCAAGUAUCAUGACCAAAAUGAAGCUUCAUUAGCAAGAUAGAAAUAAGUUGAUCAAAUUUGCAUUUUGACUCUUAAGAGAGAUUGUAAAAUUGUAAAAGAUCAGAUCAAGAAGCAAAGGAAGAAAAAAAGUAAGAAAUUGGUCUAUAAGCAUUUCAUUCACUUCUCUUAUAUAAGAGGGUUUCUACUUUUAAUGGAACCCUUUGUUCUCGCCCCACCCACUUUCCCAGCAUAAGGAAAGUGCAGUCACGCAUGCAUUGGCCCCAGAGUUAAAUUAUGUUUCCCACCUUCUGUUUCAAACCAUCUUGUCAGAUCUCCCCGACUUACAUGUCCACUGGCUGCUUACCUGUAUUCUGGGACAGCUCAUUUGAAUAGUGGGUCUCUUGAUUUAGCACCUCCUAACCGGUGACCUCGUGUCACUUAUUAUCACCCCAUUUUCCAUUGGGGAAUGUGGUGACCUAGCUUCGUACACAGUCCGUGAUUCUGGAUGUAGCACCCAGACCCAACUUUCAGAACUCUAGACCCCCCCCCCCCCCCCGGGAGGCAGAGGUCAAUCAAGCUUCUUGAAUUACACAAUUCCUCUGGGCCUCACCUCAACUCUGAAACUGGGAUGGUACCUUCAGGUAGGGGCUUAGUUUGUGUAGACAUUACCUCCAGUUAUUCUGCAGUACUUCCCCACACACAGUGGUCAGGCCUGAUCAGCUUCAGACGUGACAGUGCAACCACCUAGUGGUGUUCUAGGCCACCUCCACUUCUGUGACUUGCCAUUUCCUAAUGUGCAACUGACACAAGAAGUUAGAGCCCCAAAGCCAGUUCUCAGAAACCCUGGCCCAUUCUGUUUCCCUUGGGUGACUGUCCUCUGUGCCUAUUGCACUAGAGUAUAUAUUUGUUACCCCCCACCCCCGGAAUAUGAACCACUGUAUCCUAGUCCCUGCCCUUUUGUGUCCAAUUUCCUGAAAGUAUCAACUGUGUUCACAGAUAAACAGCUUUGAAUUUCUGCUUUUGCAUUUAAAAGUAGGGAUUUCCCCUCGUCCUUCUGUGUUACCCCACUAUUUAAAGACUGCCAUUUUGAGAGUGGUGAGCUAUCUGUGGGGUCAUUCCAUGGGUCAGGAGGUGGUCAAAAGCAUUAUGAUGUUCUCUGGCAGGGCACUGUCCAUGCUCAAAAGUUUUAGUAAUACUCUGUUCCUGCAGGUAUAGUUCCUUUUCCAUCUUGGGUCCUUCAUUGCUCUCAGUAGAAAUCAGAGAUAAAACAACGUGUGUGCCUUCACAUACACCACCUCUUCUAGCACUGUCCCCUUCCCCACCACAAAGAAUGGGGAGCCUGCUGUACUGCAAACCGGAACAUACCACAUCAUGAAAAUGGCAGAGCAAGUUCAGCCGUUGCUCUGGGAAAUGGAGUGGCAGGUCCUUGGUCCGUGGAGGUGUCCAAGUUGGGCAGCCCACUGGCCCCCCAGAUACUGCACCUCGACUUCAAGUUACAGAAGAGGACAGUCUAUCCUGGUGGCAUCAGUGGACUCCAGGUUGAACACAGAGUUGGAAGCUUCCAGAAGCUCUGAACCCUAAGUUCUCUAAAUUCGGCUUGCAUCAAAUAAAGGCCACCAAUGUGGGCAGGCAUCUCCUGUGAGGUGAUCAGCAGUCAUACUUUCUUCCCUAUGAAGCUGCAGGUGGAGCAGCAUUUUGGGGGGUGACUGGGAGCCCUUUGUAGGCUGGGCCAGCACAUGCUCACCUACAGCCUCACAGGCCUAGCAGCCCCAGAUGCCACAAUAUACUUCAAGAUCUGCUCACUGCUACAGAUCACUGCCUUCAGAACUAACCCUAUGGCCUGGCUGGUCCUAAUAAUCACCCUUACCUUGAAUCCCUGUGGAACCCUGCUUGACUGAGUUUAUUGUUAACUAGUUUUUCUUGGGCACCUGCAGUUGAGCCAUGGCCAAGACCUGCUGCCCUCUGAGAGUCUCCUUCAUCCCAGUGAUGGCCCCAGCAGCUGUUCCUGCAUCAGGAGCAGUGCAGCUGAAAGGCCCUCAAUCUGGGACUCCUCCCUGCCCUGUCAAUGCACAGAGUUUCCAGCACCCUCAUGACUACACCAUAUCAAGAUAAUGAAUGAGCCAGUCUCCCCACCCCCUCAUAGGGACCGAAGAGAGAGGAGCCAAAGGAGCAGACCUAGAACCCAUCUCCCACAUCAGAGCUCCCCUGGCCUCCUGUGGAAUCAAACAGCCUGUGGGCAAACUCAGGGCAAGGGUUGGAGAAGAGGAUUAGCACUUAGACUUUGCUAAAUUCCUCACUGUGGACUCCUGUGCACACCCCUGAAACUGCCAGGUCUUGGGGAAAAAUAAUUGCUCCCAGUUUCUCUUUACACAUUCCUCUAAUGCUCUCGUAUCAGGUUUUCCCGUCUCCAACUGAUAGAUUUGGCACCUGGGUUCUCCCUCGCCACCUGAGUUAGCCUAGCUCUGACAGCAGUGUCUACCCAAGACCAUCCCUUCCUCCAUAUUCAGCAACAGCUUUUAGAAUGGCACCUUGACCCCCAGCAGACUGGGGCUUCACAGUUACUGUGCCUGAGCCCCAGAGUUUCAGAACAAGACAGUCCGAAACUGCAUGCAUCUUUGGUUAAGAAAACAAUUUAAUUCCCUUAAACAUAAAUUUCCUCUAAGUGCAUUGCCUCCAGCUGUCUUCUUUCCUACCCCCUCUGCACUUUGCCCUCCCCUUCCUUCUAGUCAGCAAGGCCAUGUGGACCAUAAAACCCUCCUGCCCUACUCUAGCCUACAGUGGGAGGGGUCCCAGCUUCUGGCCCCACCUCCACUUCUGCUAAAUAUAUUUUUGGUGAUAUUUUUACUUUUAGUAUUUUUAUACCAGUUUGUGAAGGGAAAAGAAAAUAUACAAGGUUUGAUUGUUUCCCAUCACUCAUGAACUUCUCUUGGUGUGCUAAUGACCACUCUCUGCUUGGGCCAGGAUUUGGUCAGUUGGGCAUAUUCCUCCUCACCCUGUCUACCACUCAUCACUAUUCUUAAAAUAUUGUUGCCAUAGAAUAAUCCAUUAGUGUGUCUUUCUGAAAAUAAAUGAGAAAAGUUCAGUGCCCUCAGAGGUA